AUGGCGCAGAGUCGGCUGCACAGGUGCGCCACAAGGACGCCACAGGAGGACAAGGCUGUUAACAAGCAGGGCGGCGGCGACGGCGCGCUGCCGGGAUUAGCUGCACGUCACCUGAGCGUCCCGCCGCCAGGUGCGCUGCCGUCGUCCGGGGGAUCCCCGAGGCCGCCGGCUGCCGCGGGCUGCCCGUCACCUGCCCUCAGCGCCGCGGGGGGAUUCCCCCGCAAGCUGUUGUCACUGUGUGUGCCAGCCUCCGUCGCCUGCAAUCUUUUGUCAAAUUUUAGCAUCAGAAAUGGCACUUUGGCACGACUCUCGUCGCUGAUGAGGACGUGUUUGUGUGUUGCAGUGCUGCGCGACGAAUUCCGUGCGGAGCCGAAGAACACACGCGUGGCGCAGGGCGACACGGCGCUGCUAGAGUGUGGCCCCCCACGGGGACAUCCCGAGCCCUCGGUCACGUGGCGCAAGAACGGACACCCGCUGGACCUCGACUCCAACAAGAGGCUGCGGCUGGUGGACGGCGGCAACCUGGCCAUCACGGACGUGCGUCAGAGCGACGACGGGCGCUACCAGUGCGUCGCCAGGAACUCGGCCGGCGUCCGCGAGUCGGCCGUAGCGCAGCUGCGGGUGCACGUGCGGCCGUUCCUGGUGCGCGGGCCGGAGGACGCGGUGUCGCUGGCGGGGGGCGCGGUGCAGUUCACGUGCCGCGUGGGCGGCGACCCGCCCCCGGAGGUGCUGUGGCGGCGGACGGCGGGCGGCGGCUCCAUGCCGCUGGGCCGCGUCCACAUCCUGGAGGACCGCAGCCUGCGCGUGCAGGACAUCACGCCCGAGGACGAGGGCGAGUACAGCUGCGAGGCCGACAACGCCGUCGGCUCCGUCACCGCCUCCGCCACCCUCACCGUGCACUCGCCGCCGUCUCUGACGCUGCGGCCAGCCGAGCUGACGGUCGAGCAGCGCCGCGACGCCGUGUUCGAGUGCUCGGCGUCGGGGAAUCCCCGGCCGUCCGUCUUCUGGUCCGUGUCGGGGGCCAAGGCGCUGCUCUUCUCCGGAGCCUCCAACGGCCGCUGGGCCGCCUCCACCUCUCCCGAGGGCAGCGCGGUCCUCACCCUCCAGGGCGCGACCCGCAACGACUCGCGCAGCUGGGUGACGUGCUCGGCGGUGAACGCGGCCGGGUCGGCGGUGGCGCGCGCGCGGCUGCGCGUCGUGGCGCCGGAGGACCUGCCGCCGCCGGUGAUCGCCCUGGGGCCCGCCAACCAGACGCUGCCCGUGCAGUCGGUGGCGCUGCUGCCGUGCCGCGCCGCGGGCAGCCCGCCGCCCGUGAUCACGUGGUACCGCGACGGCGCGCCCGUGCUGCCCGGCCCGCGCGUCAACGUCUCCGCCUCCGGCACGCUGCAGAUCAACGACCUGGAGAAGCGAGACAGCGGCCUGUACACGUGCGUGGCGUCUUCGCGCAGCGGGAAGGCCACGUGGAGCGCCAGCCUGCGUCUCGAGCUGCCCACCAACCCCAACAUCCACUUCUUUCGCGCGCCGGAGCCGUCCACGUUCCCCGGUCCGCCGAGCCGGCCGCACGUCGUCAACGUCACCGCCUCCAGCGUCACCAUCCAGUGGACGCGCAACAACAAGAUCGGCUCCUCGUCCCUACUCGGCUACCAGGUGGAGCUGUUCGGGCGCGACGAGUCCGCGGGCGGCGGCGGCGGCGGCGGCUGGGUGGUGGCGGCGCGCCGCGUGCCCGGCCCCGGCUACACGCAGCACCACCUGGCGGCCGGCGUCACCUACACCUUCCUGGUGCGCGCCGAGAACUCGCACGGGCUGUCGCCGCCCAGCCCGCUGUCCGAGCCGGUGACGGUGCCCGCGGGCGCCGCGGCCGCGGCCGGCAGGGCCGACGAGGAGCGGCUGCUGGCCCGGGCGACCGCCAGCCUGCUCGCCGGCCACAUCGUCGAGCUGGCCGACGCGCAGCCCGUCGCCUCCACCGCCGUCAAGCUCGUCUGGGAGAUCUUGAGUGCAGAGUUUGUCGAGGGCUUCUACAUAUACUCAAGACCACUGGAUGGAGUUCGCGUGCCAGGAGCCUACAAUGUGCUGACAGUGCUGCAUGCUGGAGAAGCAUCAGGUUUCCAAGUGUCUGGCCUAGCAAAGUACACACGCUACGAGUUCUUCCUUGUGCCCUUCUACAAGACUGUUGAUGGCCGUCCUUCUAACUCAAGAACUGUACGCACUCUGGAAGAUGUUCCAUCUGAACCACCAACACAAAUAGAAGCUACUUUGCUAAAUGCCACUGCAGUGUAUCUGAAGUGGAAACCACCACCUGCAAGCUCACACAAUGGUGUUCUGAGAAGCUAUCAGGUUGUGGUACGCACAGGAGGAACUGCUGAAAGCAAUACUUCAAGGGUACUCAGCAAUGUGACAGUGAGUGCAACGAGUCCCACCCUGCUGCUGACCAACCUAACUGCCGGUGUGACGUACAUUGUCCAGGCAUCCGCUGUCACCCGAGCUGGUCCAGGGCCUGCCAGUGCUCCAGCCACUCUCAGACUUGAUCCUGCCUCACGGCUACUGCUCAGAGACCACCAUAACAGGCAACCUGUAGGAAAUGAUCCAAGCCUAAGCCCUGGAAUUAGUGGAAAUGACUUCCUCACAGAGACCUGGUUCAUUGCUUUGCUGGGAAGCAUGGUUGCAGUAAUGGCAUUGCUUUUUGCUUCCAUGUUCCUUGUGAGACGCAGACAACUCAUGGCAAAGAAAACCACUCUGCACGAUUCACGGCCAAAUACCAAUGUGCUUCCUGCUCCUUUAAAUCUAAAGGCAGCAGUCGGUUUGACACCCAGUUCCCAUGACUCUUCGCUCUGGAUAGAAAAUCGCCCAACUCCUAGCUGUUGGAGAUCAUCAGAAACACGCACCAUAACUACUGGUGGCUCUGUAACACCAACAAUGAAAGAAUGUAUAGAUAAUGGAAUGCUUGAACCGACUCCAGCAUAUGCAGAAACUGGGAUUCGGUCAACACCGUCUUAUGAAGCAGGAGACACACAAGCUGAAAAUGAGCACAUGCCAGCUUAUGCUGAGGUAGAUGCUGCACAUACCACAUUAAGCACUUUCCAAGGUUACAGAAAUGGUGAUGAAAGUCCAGCUCCUUACGCAACAACCACCUUGGUUGGCAGCUCACGGCACAAUAUUGGAAAUGUGGGCUGGCAUCCAACUUGUCACCCAGUAGAUACGGAUGAAACGGCCUAUCCACAGAAUUCCAAUGGCUUCUUUGGAAGAAAUGUAUAUUCUGAUUCAUAUUUUUUUAGUGCACAGUGUGCAAAUGGAUAUGCACUUCACACAGGACUGCCGAGCACACACAACAACGUUACAGGAAGAAAGGCAAUGUCAGAAAUGGGUCCAAGUAAUGGUCCCACUCCAUCACCUACGCCAACAAGUACACUUCGAAGGAUACAUCGGAGAUCACAGAAGUCCAUUCCAAGACCUGAGCAUCAAGAAUAUGCGAAUCAAGCUCAGAGCAAUGGUCUAAGGGAAAGUCAGUGCUUUUCUGAACCACCUCCAGAUGUCAUCACACCUCCUUCACAACAAACAAACAAUAGCAACCAGAUGCAGCCAUCAUGGAAAGGACACACAACGUGUGGGGUGAAGCCAAUGUUGUUAUUAACUUCAGUGCCCAACACAGACCCAUACAAGGGGUCACAAAUAAUUAAAGACUUGCCACAUGCAACAAAUAAUUAUAAUGCUCACAGUCUGUCCAGCUUUGCGGUGCCUUAUCCUGCCUAUGCACCAGUCACUAGGCAUGGACAGUAUCAAUCAGUGUAUCACCAGUCAUCUCAAAGUGAACCUGGAAAUCACAACAGUCAUGGCACAUAAACUACUAUGUCAUACUGUAUCUGUUUUGUAAAGCAUGUUCAAACUAUGUCAGCUCAGUGACUGAUAAUCAUUUAAAAGGACAAUGUAUAGUUUUCCAUUUAAAUGAGGUGUACGUCAUUUGAUAAGAAGAAACCUGACUUUUUAUGAGAUCUGUACAUACUCCCAGUUAAUAAAUUUAUUUUUACCAUUGAAUCCUUACCAUUGUAUAAUUCAAAAUACUAUGAUGAUGCUGAGAGAGAACAAGCAGUAUCUGGUAUUGAAAGUAUUAAGACAACUAUAUGUACUGUAAAUGUCAUGAUCUGUUGAACUUUUAGAGAACUGAACUAAGCAAGAACAUAUUAAUACUGCUCUCUUUAUGAACUGACUAAACCUAAUGUCUGUUCCCCUCCAUUAUGUUUCAAGUCAAAUAUCAUAACAACAUCAAAUUCUUUCAGCCAUAGCACUUCUACAAUUGUCUAACUGUGAUAAAUGUGUUAUUAUUGCUGUUGUUACCCUUUUUAUACUCAUGGACUAUAUGUAUGCUACAAGAGAUUUAUUUCCUUUAUUGCUUCUUAUUCCAGCUUACAUGUUGUGAAUUGGUAACAGUAAUAAAUAAAUGGACAAUGUCACUAUCAGGAUCAAAAAUUUUUGAAUGUAGAUAAGUGUAUACAUCAUAAAUUAAUGCAUUUUCAGCUUGAAGGUCACACUAACAUUUUUUUUUCCUUGUAUGUAAAAAUAUGAAGACAGAAUUCAUGACUUUAGUGAGGUCUUAUGUGUUAUAAAAGUUAUUGUGAAGACUGGCAGGCAGGCAGCAUAAAUAAAGGACAAAUGAGAAUAUAUCUAAUAACUGCAUUUCUUUCUGAAUACUGAGUUGUUUCUUGACAGAGUUGCAUGAUAAUCAGUAACUCAGUGUUAGUACAAUUUUCAAGCAGACCUAUUUGUGGCAAAUAAUAUUUAGUUAGAAAAUUUCAUUUGAGAUGAUGUCCCUAGCAUACAUUAUCCUUCAGAUCACAAAUCCCUGUAGAAAAAAUAAGAAAGAAUAAUACAAACACACACACACACACACACACACA